UCUGUCAGCGAGACUAGACAAUCGGUUUUCCAGAAUUUGGCCUGCAUUCGCCUAUGAGGGUGAAUUUCUAACCAAUCGCUGAACAGUAUGCGGGAGUAGGCGUGCCGUCGAGGUUUUCUGUGCAGUGUUCACAAGAUAAUCGAUCGUGUGGAUUUUGAAAGGAGACAAAUCUAAUACGAAAAUUUUCGAUAAAGAACAGAACUCGGGAGCAGGAGCGACCCCCCUGCCGCCAUGUCUGUGGAAAGCCCGAUGGCCCAGAACCCGGGCUGCAAGAUCAUGACCUUCCGGCCCACCAUGGAGGAGUUCCAGGACUUCGCCAAGUACAUCACGUACAUCGAGGCGCAGGGCGCCCAUAGGGCCGGGCUGGCAAAGGUGAUCCCGCCGAAGGAGUGGAAACCACGGCAAUCGUACGACACCAUCGAGGAGAUGGUGAUCCCGGCGCCCAUCAUGCAGGUGGUGACGGGCCAGUCCGGCCUCUUCACCCAGUACAACAUCCAGAAGAAGCAGAUGACCGUGGGGGAGUACCGCAAGCUGGCCAACAGCAAGAAGUACUGCACUCCUCCACACAAGGACUUUGACGACCUGGAGAGGAAGUACUGGAAGAACCUGACGUUUGUGUCGCCCAUAUAUGGCGCCGACAUCAGCGGCUCGCUCUACGAUUCGGACAUCGGGGAGUGGAACAUCAGCCGCCUGAACACGCUGCUGGACAUGGUGGAGCAGGAGUGCGGCAUCGUGAUCGAGGGGGUGAACACCCCGUACCUGUACUUCGGCAUGUGGAAGACCACCUUCGCCUGGCACACCGAGGACAUGGACCUCUACAGCAUCAACUACCUGCACUUCGGCGAGCCCAAGUCCUGGUAUGCCAUUCCCCCAGAGCACGGGAAGAGGUUGGAGAGGCUGGCCCAGGGUAAGAGCUCGCCCCUCCUCUGUCCUUCUCCAGGUUCUUUCACGUCUGUCUUCCUCAGCUAUGGGGCCCAGUCUGAGGCCAGUUAUCCCGAUGAUGGAUCCUCCCCUGCACAUACGUACACUCCCGCUGCUCCUCCCAAUGCACCUCCCUUCUGCACCUCCCCCUGUACCGCCCACUGCACCUCCCACUGCUCCUCCCGCUGCACCUCCCACUGCACCUCCCACUGCGCCUCCCACUCCACUUACCCUUGGUGCUGGCCGGCCUCCGUCCUGUUUGGCCUCCUGCAGUCGGUGUUUAAGACCGAGUCAAGAGGGCUCUUGUCUGUGCCUCUCUCUCUCUCCCUCUCCCUCUCUCUCUCUCUCCCUCUCUCUCCCUCUCUCUCUCUCUCUCCCUCUCUCUCCCUCUCCCUCUCCCUCUCUCUCUCUCUCUCUCUCUCUGUGCAGAUCACUCAGGAGGAGGGCGAGUUCAUGAUCACGUUUCCGUACGGUUACCACGCCGGCUUCAACCACGGCUUCAACUGCGCCGAGUCCACCAACUUCGCCACGCUCCGCUGGAUCGACUACGGCAAGAUGGCCACGCAGUGCACGUGCCGCAAGGACAUGGUGAAGAUCUCCAUGGACGUGUUCGUGCGCUGCCUGCAGCCGGACCGCUACGAGCUGUGGAAGCAGGGCAAGGACGUGACCGUGCUGGACCACCAGCGGCCCACAAUCCUCUCCAGCCCCGAGCUGGAGCUCUGGAGGGAGACACGCGUCACCUACAAGGACCGGCUGCUGCAGAGGGCCCUGCAGAAGAAGCAGCAGCUGCGGAGGCUGAAGCAGGAGGAGGUGAAGGCCCUGAUGGACGACGGCAUUGAGCUGGACCUGGCCGAGUACCAGCAGCAGGUGGAGCAGAAGGAGGCGCAGAGGAGGCAGGAGCGGACGGAGCGCAUGGCGCAGGAGGCGCUGAGGGCCCUGGAGGCCAUGGAGCACAUGGAGCACAUGGACCCGGAAGGAAAGGGCGUGGAGGCCCUCGAAGGUGAGGGCGAGCAGACGCCGGACGGGGAGAAGAAGAAGAAAAAGAAGAAGAAGAAGAAGCCGUCGGACGGCAGGGAGGAGCUGGCGCGCAGCAUGGCGGCCUCCCUGGGGGAGGUGGCGCUGCAGGGCGACGGCGGCCUCAUCCCCACGCUCUUCGUCACGCACAGGCCGAAGAAGAGCGCCUUGCCCAAGGGCCAGCUCUCCUUCCAGGAGGCCUUCGAGCGCUUCGCUACAAGCUCCGCCCACCCCGGCCCCAAGCCCGACCCCGGCGCCGCCGACCAGGAGAGCAGUGACACCGAGCUGCCAGCAGAGGGCGCAGACGAGAAGAGAGGAAUUCAGCCGAACUCCUCCUCGUACUCCCAGCUGAAGAAGAGGGUGGAGGUGAAGAAGAGCAGACGCCAUCCCUUCAGCCGGCCGCCCAUGCGCUCCCCGCUCUCCAUCGUCAAACAGGAAGCGUCCAGCGAUGAAGCAGAGGGCGAUAUGGAAGACGAGGUGAAGCAGACGGCGGAGUGCCACCUGUGGCAGAACCGCUCGCCCAACUUCCUGGCAGAGCGCCGCUUCAACGCGGCCGUCGCGCCCAUGGAGCCGCACUGCGCCAUCUGCACCCUGUUCUGCCCCUAUACACAGCCCCAGAGAGACCCCUCCCUCCCGGCGGACCCGCCCCUCAGCCCCGCGUCCCGCUGCGGCAGUCGCACCCGCCCCCUCGUCCCAGAGAUGUGCUUCAGCUCAGGCGCGGAGAACAGCGAGCCUCCCGCCUCCAACUCCCACAUCGGGGACGACGGCACCAGCGUGCUCCUCGCCUGCCCCAGCUGCAGCCUGCAGGUCCACGCCAGCUGUUACGGCGUCAGGCCGGACCGGCUGAACGAGGCCUGGACCUGCUCCAGGUGUGCCGCGGGGGCCUGGACGGUGGACUGCUGUUUGUGUAAUCUAAGAGGAGGCGCGCUCAAGAUGACCACAGACGGAAGGUGGGUACACGUCAUCUGUGCCAUCGCCGUGCCCGAGGCCCGGUUCAUCAACGCCAUCGAACGCGAGCCGGUGGACGUCAGCGCCAUCCCGGAGAAGAGGAAGAGUCUGAAGUGCGUCUACUGCCACAAGAACACGAAGGAGAUCCGUGGCGCGUGCAUCCAGUGCUCCUUCGAGAGCUGCUCCACCUCCUUCCACGUCACCUGCGCGCACAUCGCCGGGGUGCUCAUGAAGCCCGCCGAUUGGCCCUACGUGGUGUCCGUCACCUGCCUCAAGCACAAGCCCACCAAUCACAGAGUGGCGCGGCCGGGGUCACGGGAGCUCUCGAUUGGCCAGCGGGUGAUCGGUCGGAACCGGGACGGCUGGCACUACCACUGCACCCUCAUCGGCAUGGCGACGCAGACCUUCUACGAGGUCAACUUCGACGACGGCUCCUACUGCGACAACCUCUAUCCCGAGAACGUGGUGAGCCAGGACUGCUUGCUCCAGGGGCCCCCGGAGGCUGGCGAGGUCAUCCUGGUGUACUCGCAGGACGGCAAAGUGGUCAACGCCUCCUUCGUCAGGGAACACCUGCACAAGCACUUCCAGGUGGAGUUUGAGGAUAAGUCUCAGAUGACUCUUAAACGCACAGAGAUCCACACACUGGAGCAGGAGCUUCCCAAGAGGGUGAAGUCUCGUCUGUCUCUGGCGGCUGUGGGCCAUCAGGACGGCGUUCCCUCUGGAGAUGAGCCCCAAGCCCCCAAACGCCCCCGCCUGCCCACGCCGCCCCCCCCGCCGGCGUCCGCUGGCCCCGUCCCGCCCCAGGAUCCUGCGUCCCCCCCCUCAGCCUCGGCAGCGAUGAGAGCGCCCCAUUCCGCUGCCCCCAACGGCGCCCAUGAGCCUUCACUUACCCCCACCGCCCCCGUUGAGCCCUGCCCGCCCCCGCCCCGCCCCCGCCCCUGCCCCCACCUCAGCCACACCCCCACCUCUGCCCCCCACCUGAGCCACGCCCCAACCCCGCCCCCCACCACAGCCACGCCCCCUUCCCCGUCCCCACCCAGCCCCCCACCAACGGCGCCCUGCACCCCUCCCUCGCCCCCUACCCCAGCGGCAGCGCACCCCCCCCCCGCCCUGUCCCGGGACCCCCCCGAGCCCUUCUCCCACAGCAGCAACUACAUCUCCUACAUGGAGUCCCUGCUCCAGGCCCACUACCCCCAGGAGGGGGGUGCCGGCCCCGCGUAUUAGAGACCAGCCAGUGUUUGGCGUUUCGGUUUGACGGACAGCAGCUCCCCUACCCCCCCCCCCCCACACACAUCCCCCUCCCCGUACCCAGGGGAGGGGGUAAACUGGUGCUCAUUCAACACAAAGAGCUCGUCCGGCAGGGCUGCAUG